AUGUUUGCUGGAUGUUCGGAUUGGAAAGAAUUAGCAAAAGAGCUGAUGGAUCAGCUGUCUCCUGAUUUCAUGGUUAGUUGUCUGGAAGCGGUUGCCGGUGGAGAGGCACAUCCAACAGGAAGCUCUGCAAACUAUGGUCUUGUAGAAUGGCUUGCCGCAGCAUGGAAUUCGUGGGGCAUACCAAAAAUACACCAACAGGAGUUCUUCAUUACUCUUCCCCUUCCACCACCGGACAGCGAACUGCCCAACGAAGUAGAGCUCAUCCGCCGUGUGACUGGUCUGUCACUAAAUGAUGAAAAUUCACCUACAUUAGGACCUUACGUGUACGUAAACUAUGCCAGACCGGCAGAUUUGACAGAGUUCGACCGAACUCAUGGUCGCAAGAAAGAUGCUGCCAGCUUACUUUGUGAUUCGCGGCUAAUAGCGGUGGCCAGAAUAGAACAGUGUACAAGACAAAGCAAGGUUCGUGCUUUGCUCAAUCAUUGUGACUGUGGUCCGGGGGGAACACCGGUCCCAGGGCAUCAUCCUUCCGCAUUGGUGCUCUAUCCAGACAUCCACAAUGUGAUUCCUCCGUCCAUGCCAGUUUACCCGGACGGAAUUGGACUACCCGGCGAUGCUCCAUGCUUGGGACAUGUGUGCAUGAGUUCUGUGGGUGGUGGCAAUCCCGGUACACCACACCUUCCCUCGUCAGUACAUAUCUAUGAGGAAGAUGUGUUGACUCCCGAUUUGGCUCUAACACCUAUUCUUGUGCAACCCAUUGGAUACACUCAGGCUGUGGGUAUUCUAUCCCAUUUGUCCGGUCCUCGCAUUCCAGAUACAUGGAAAAGGUGCAUGGCCGAAAGAAUCGGCCCAUCAACAGAUUAG